UUUGGUAGCAUCAAAUUUUGGUUCCUAAAGCAAUAUCCUUCUCCAAGAACCAUCAUGUACAGUAGAAAAUCUUGGAGAACCAAUACAUCAUUCAAACCAAUUCGAAGCAAGAAAUUGAAAAUUUAAUAGAACUUGUUUGCACGAUGAUGUAAGACGCACACAGAAUUUACAGAGAGAGAGAGAGACGAUAGCAAAACCAGCAAACACGCCCUUGUCCUCUUACGAAGCACACACAUAUAAAUAGAACCAAACGCAUCGAAAGCUGAGUCACUCUUCACUCAGAGAACAUAACUAAGUUUCCCCAAGAAAAUGGCGAAGGAAGUAGUAGAAGGGUUCAAGUUCGAUCAGAGGCACGGGAAGGAGCGAGUGAGAGUUGCGCGCGUGUGGAAGACCAAACAAGGUCGCCACUUCAUCGUCGAGUGGCGCGUGGGCAUCAGUCUCCUCUCAGAUUGCGUCAACUCUUAUGUCCGCGAUGACAACUCUGACAUCGUUGCCACUGAUACCAUGAAGAACACUGUAUAUGCAAAGGCAAAGGAAUGCUCGGAAAUACUCUCUGUUGAGGACUUUGCUAUUGUACUUGCUAAGCACUUUAUAUCAUUUUAUAAGCAGGUUACUACUGCUAUUGUAAAUAUUGUGGAAAAACCAUGGGAACGUGUCAAUGUAGAUGGUCAACCUCAUGAACAUGGUUUCAAACUUGGAUCUGAGAGGCAUACCGCAGAGGCAAUAGUAGAAAAGUCUGGUGCACUACAAUUGACUUCUGGUAUUGAAGGAUUGUCAUUGUUGAAGACAACCAAGUCUGGUUUUGAGGGUUUCAUAAGGGACAAGUACACAGCACUCCCUGAAACACGUGACAGGAUGUUGGCAACAGAAGUAACUGCUCUGUGGAGGUAUUCAUAUGAAUCGCUAUAUAGCAUUCCUCAGAAGCCACUCUACUUUACCGACAAGUAUCUGGAAGUGAAAAAGGUUCUGGCUGACACUUUUUUUGGCCCUCCAAAUGUGGGAGUCUAUAGCCCAUCUGUUCAAAAUACUCUCUACCUGAUGGCGAAGGCCACAUUAAACAGGUUUCCUGACAUAGCUUCUAUCCAACUAAAAAUGCCGAAUAUUCAUUUCUUACCAGUCAAUCUCUCAAACAAGGAUGGUCAAAUUGUGAAGUUUGAGGAUGAUGUUUAUUUACCAACCGACGAGCCUCAUGGAUCAAUUCAAGCUAGUUUAAGCCGUCUUUGGUCAAAGAUGUAACCACUGAAACUAUGGUGCUCAUCCCUUCUGGUGAAUUGCCAUUACAGCAUGAACUGUGGUGCUUAUUACGGUUUAAAAUCACGUGCGAAGCAAACCUGGCCUGAAAGAUACUGCUUUUCCAUUAACGUGUCAUGUAAUUCUGGUUUUUGUUUUAUUUACAUUUUGUUUCAUGGAGAACUAAUAUGCAUGAAUAACUUCCAGGAGGGAUAUUCUGCAGGUUGCACCAAUAUAUAAUUUUGGUUAUCUAAAAUUCCAAUAAAUUCCUAAUGUCCUUAUGGAGAUU